CCUAGGUACCUUUAUAAUUAUAUCAUAAGAAAAUCAUCCCAGCUCAGCAAAAGCAGUGCCCGUAUAUCCAUCCCUUCUCGGCAUUUCAUACCAUCGCGCACUCCGUUCCUUAUCCAACAUGUCUCUUAAUUCCCAGAACAAGCCUGUCAUCGCUGUGGUGGGUGCCGGCCCCGGCAUUGGUGAAGCCGUCGCCCGACGGUUUGCCGCCGAGGGCUUCAUACUUGCUCUCCUGGCCCGCACCGAGGACAAGUUGCAAACCAUGGCUCAAGGCAUCGAUGCCGAGUGCGGCAAGAAAACAGCCCACUACUACAUCGCCGACUUGCGUAUUGAAGACUCAGUCAACUCCAGUUUCAAGAGAAUCCGCUCCGAACUGGGCCCCGUCCGGGUAUUAGUAUACAACGCCGGCGCCCGCCGGGUCAACGGUCGUUUACUCAUCGACACUACCACGGAGGAGUUCGAAAAUUUCACAAAAAUCAACCUCUUCGGGGCAUUCUGGUCGUCCAAGUGUGUACUUCCGGACAUGCUGGCUGCCGGAAAGGGCACCAUCCUGUUCACCAGUGCAACGGCGGCGUUGAGGGGGAUGCCGGGCCUUGCCAGCUUCUCACCUGGGAAGUUCGGGUUGCGAUCCUUGUGCCAAGUCAUCGCACGCGAGUACCAAUCCAGGGGCAUUCACGCCGUAAAUAUUAUUGUGGACGGGCCAGUGGAUGGAAAGCUGAUUGGAGGCGUAGUGAGGCGAAAAUGGGAACGGGAGGGCGCCCGCGACAGAUUAGAUGACUCUGAUGCCUACUUGGUCCAGCCAGCAGAUCUAGCGCACACAUACUGGUUCCUACACACCCAACCGAGGAGUGCAUGGACGCAGGAAUUGGAUACUAGGGCGAUGAAAGAAUCGAUAUUCACUAGGUUGUGAACUGAUCACCUAGGUAUCUAGCUG